UGACGUUUGCCCGCCUUUCCUUCUCCUUGCUAAUAGCUUCUUUAUAUUUAUUUGUACACCUUGGGAGUUAGUUCUUAGCCAGGGUUGACAUGUUUGUAACCUUUUCACCUUUCAACACGUUUUUCCAGCAUGUACUUUCAGUGUAAUUAGCUAUUUCUACGUAUGAAAGUUAUUUUGAUUUAACUAAUUUAUCCUACGAUGUCUUUUGAAGAUAUUUUUGUACCAUUUUGGAAUAAGAAUAUAUUGGACCCCCCAGCUCUGGUGUCUUUGAAAAUCAGAACGAAAAACCCAGGGCAAACAAGUGCUAAGUUAGCAAAACUUUUGGAUAAAAUGUUAUUAGUUUUGGAGAAUCAAGAUUUAUUAUGCUUUGAUGCUGCUCUUAUAUCACGUUUAUUAUAUCGUUGUAGAAAGAAUUUAAGGAAUGACAAAGGAUAUAAAGGUUUUCAAAAGGUUAAUCGAAUAUUAAAAAGUUAUAUUUAUUUAGAUAUAAUCCAAGUGUUAAAAGAUACCCGAUCUGCCUCAUAUAAUGACAAAGGGCCUAGCAAAGAUAUGUUAGAGUGGUGUCUUCUAACCUUGCAGAGGUUUGCUGGUUUGUUUCAUCGACUAGAAAGAACAUGCACUGAAACAGCUUAUUAUGUGCAUAAUCAUAUAACUACAGGAAAUAGAUGGCAUUUGGCUCUUUUAUUCUUGGCAUGCCUCAGCCGGGUAUGGACACUUUCACGAUAUUUGCUGCUUCAUGUCUGUGAAUGGUAUCCACAAUUAAAAACUUAUUUGCCAUGUUUGGAAUCAAAAGAACAGUGGCUUCCGUCAAAUCAUGAACUACCUGUAGACUUGCGAUCAUGGUUAGGAAAUCCAGAAUUCUUGUGUGAUAAGAAAAGGGGUGAAGAUUCAGUUGAAAAAUCAUCAGAGUCUAGUGAAACUAAAAAAUCAGAGGAAGUUGAAGGUCUUCUUUUUAAUGAAGAUUUUGGAGAAGUUGUCUCUCGAGAUGGAAGCUUACCUGUGACUCCUUCACAAAAAACUGAAGAUAUGAUUAGGAAACCUGAAGAUAUUGAAAAGUUUUUAAAGGAGGAAGAAAUUUCCAGGAAAAGGAGAACCAAGUCUUUAACAAGUGAUUUGAGUGAUCCUGAGUGGAAAUAUUUGAGAAAUUAUCUUAAGAAAUGUUUAACAGAAAUAAAAGGCACCAAGAAUAAAAAUAUUUUUUGUGAGUCAAUGAAUAAAGCACGCCAAAAAAUGAACUCUUGGAUUGUAAAUGAUAGAUUUUUUUAGAUUUUAUGUUUUUAAUAAAAAAAAAGAUUUUUUUAGAUUUUAUGUUUUUAAUAAAAAAAAAGAUUUUUUUAGAUUUUAUGUUU